AUGGCGGAGAGAGUGUGGGAACAAACUUGGCGAUUGCUAUCAGACGACAUCAUUCACAUGAAGCGAAAGAGUCUUAAGAAUCCAGAUUUGCAGCUAACGGAUGAGCAAAUAAAAAAUAUCACGUUGGCUGAAAUUGAAAAGUUACUCAUUGCUAACUCCAGCAGUCUAAUUCAUUUUCCUGGCAUGCCCACACCAAAUGAAACUAUUAUCUCUGACGCUGAAAACCCGCUCAUAUUGGAAGAGACAUCUUACAACAUGGAAGACAUGAGGGCAGAGCACGCUAAGCUAUAUCCAUGUUUAACGGAUGAGCAAAUGAUGGUUUAUCAGAAGAUAAUUAACGCAAUUGAUAGUGGUGAAGGUGGACUUUUCUUUCUAUAUGGUCACGGUGGUACAGGAAAAAUAUUUAUCUGGAAAACUUUAUGUUCCGCCUUACGUGGGAGGGGUGAUAUUGUACUACCAGUUGCCUCAAGUGGCAUAGCUUCAUUACUGCUUCCUAAAGGUAGGACUGCACACUCCAGAUUUGGUAUACCCUUAGACUGUGAUGAGAACUCAACAUGUAGCAAGAUCAAACCUGAUAGUGAUCUGACCGGACUCCUUAAGAAGACAAAGCUUAUUAUUUGGGAUGAGGCGCCAAUGACGCAUAGAUAUUGUUUUGAAGCUCUCGAUAGGAGUCUAAAGGAUAAUUGCACAUCAGGAUCAGGGGCUGAAGAUACCAAGAACUUUGCACAAUGGAUACUUAAUGUAGGCGAUGGUAUUGCUGGCGACACUUUUGAUGAUGGAGAAGCUGAAGUGAAAUUAUCAGAUGAUAUUCUUAUACGAAAUGCAGCUAAUCCUAUUGCAUCUAUAGUGAGCAGUACAUAUACAGAUGGUUUGAAUACAGAGUCAGAUCCAGAAAAAUUUAAGGACAAAGCUAUCUUGGCGCCCACGAAUGAAAUGGUGGAUACGAUCAAUGAUUACGCUAUGUCUUUAAUGCCGGCCGAAGAAAAAGUAUACCUUAGUUCAGAUAACAUUUGCAAAGCUGAUGGAGAAGUGGAUGUUGAUGAUGAAGUGUUUUCUGUUGAAUAUCUCAACACAAUCAAGUGUUCAGGAUUGACAAACCACGAAAUAAAAUUGAAGAAGGGAUGCAUCAUCAUGCUUCUUAGAAAUAUCGAUCCGUCCAAUGAGUUGUGCAAUGGAACGAGGAUGAUAGUUACAGAAGUAGGAGAACGUGUGAUUGAAGCAAAACUGAUUUCAGGAAAUAAUGUGGGUAAGAAAUUCCCAAUUGCUAGAAUGGUCAUGAGUCCGUCAGAUUUCACUAAAUUUCCGAUCCGGUUUCAAAGGAGACAAUUCCCCAUAAACGUUUGUUUUGCUAUGACUAUAAACAAAAGCCAAGGACAAUCUCUUUCAAACGUAGGACUUUACCUACCAAAACCCGUAUUCAGUCAUGGCCAGCUGUAUGUUGCGAUCUCACGAGUCACUAGCAAAAAAGGUCUCAAAGUUUUGAUAUGUGAUGAAAAUGGUCAGACAAGCAACACAACUACUAACGUGGUAUACAAUGAAAAUUUUGAUAGAUUGAAAGACCGAGGCUAUAUGCGGAUCUACAAUUCUGGAUUUGGAAACUUCAUCUUCAAGCAAAAGCUUAUGAAGGUUACUGUAGAUUCAGGUUUGAAGUGA